UUCAGUUCUCCCAUCGGGACCUGCUGCUGGACAACAAGGGCCGGGCUUCUUCUUCUUCUUCAGUACCCGUCUCCACUUCAACCAGCGCAGCCGUGCGCUUCUCACCUGGUUCCCAUCGUCUCUCUUGUGUGAAAACGUUGAACAAUUUUUCGAUUCGGUUGGACUCAAUUUGUGUUUCUUCUUCUUCUUCGUUUCACAGAGAACAAAAUAAGAUACUAUACACACUAUACGGGCUGCGGUGAUAGUUUGGCUUGGCUGGGCUUGGCAGCUACCGUCCGCCAGUUUUCUCCGCCAGUGUGACUUGAUCGUCUGUCAGGUGCACAAGUGCCAACCGCAGUUCCGUGCGUCCAACGUCAUAAGAUGAACCUCCGCUGGAUAAUUCCCGUUGUCUGUCUCCUAACAGUUUGGUCUAGCGCAGUGGCGCAAAGGCCAACGGCCAAGGCCGGCACCACCACCUCCUCCCUGGUCUCCAGCAGAAACAAUAAGAAAGUCGUUUGCUACUACGCCAAUUGGUCGGCUUACCGGCCCGGCCAGGCCAAAUUCCUGCCGCAGAAUAUCAAUCCCUACCUGUGCACUCACCUCAUCUACGCAUUCGGCGGAUUCACCAACGAUUUCACCCUGAGACCCUUCGACAAGUGGCAGGACAUUGAUCAAGGGGGUUACGCCAAAUUCAACGGUCUCAAGGCUCACAACAAGAACCUGAGGACUUUGCUGGCCAUCGGCGGAUGGAACGAAGGGUCGGGACGGUUCUCCAAAUUGGUGGCCAACCCGGAGACCCGCCAGAAUUUGGUGCGAUCAGCUAUCAAGUACCUGCGCCAGCAUCAAUUCGACGGCCUCGAUCUCGACUGGGAAUAUCCGGCAUCUCGCGAAGGCAGCCGGCCCUCCGACCGAGAGAACUACGCCCAGCUCGUCAAGGAUUUAAGAGACGGAUUUAAUAACGAGAAAGGCAACCGAGAGAGGCUGCUGCUGACCAUGGCCGUGCCGGCCGGUGUGGACACGAUCGAACUGGGCUACGACAUCCGCGCCCUCAACAGGGACUUGGAUUUCAUCAACAUUCUGAGCUACGAUUACCACGUCGCCAGCGAACCCCAGGUGAAUCACCACGCUCCGCUCAGAGCCCGCAGCAACUUUGACGACGUGUUUGACCCCAAUGAAGAGCUCAACAUCGACGCGACGGUUCAGAUUUACCUGCUCAACGGGGCGACGGCCGACAAACUCGUCUUGGGCAUUCCCACCUACGGUCGGUCGUUCAAAUUGUCUAGCCCAGAUCUGGCCGAGCUGGGAGCUCCGGCUGAUGGUCCGGCCGAGGCCGGCAAGGCCACAAGGGAGAAGGGUUACCUGGCUUAUUACGAGAUCUGCGAGAAGAUUGGCGUCGAGAACUGGGCGGUGGAGAAACCCGAGCCGGAAUCUGUCGGCCCGUUCGCCCACAACGGAUUCGAAUGGGUCGGCUACGACGACGAGGAAAUGGCCGCCAAAAAGGCGCAAUACGUGGUGGACAACGACCUGGGCGGCAUCAUGUUCUGGUCGAUCGACAACGACGAUUUCAGGGGCCAGUGCACCGGAAGGAAAUAUCCGCUCAUCGAGGCCGCCAAGGCCGCCCUCUACGGCAUCACUCUGCCACCUGUGGACCCGGUCAACGUCAUUGAAGAUCGAAAUCUGGAGACCAGCACCGCCAGCUCCAACACUUUGAUCCGGCCAUCUUCAUUGAGACGGCCGACAUUAAACGACAAGACGCGAGGACCUUCUCCGACGACGACGACCAGACGUCCGGCAGUCACUCCAUCCGGAAUCCAGUCACAGCAGUCCCAGGGCAAUUUCAAUCCGUUUACUACCCCGGAGCCACCGACUACCCCGGAUUCGAUCGUCGAUUUCGAGUGCAAGGAAGAAGGUUUCUACCCCAACGCCAAAGAUUGUAAGAAAUACUUUUGGUGCCUGGAUACCGCCGCUGGCAUGGUCUCACACAUCUUCACCUGUCCGGCAGGUUUGCAUUUCAACAAGUUCACCGACUCGUGUGAUUACGCAACCAACGUCAUCUGCAAAACGGGAGCCGGGGCCACCACGACGACGACGACGCCCAAACCGUUUCUAACCAUCAGCAGCAGCACGACAACAACAACUGCUAGACCCACAACUACUAGGAGGCCAACAACAACCACCACCACAACAACAAUUACUCCCGAGCCGGAGCAAUUCGAUUACGUCGACGAAGUUGUACCCCAGUCAUUAGCCAAAAAUUCCGAUUCCACGCCGGAUGAACUGCAACAACUUUUACAACUCAUUAGCGACUUGGGUGGCGUGGAAGCCGUGAAACAGCUGCUGGAGAAGAACACUGGAACGGGGCGCGGAAGGAAAGAGGACGACGGCCAAUCCAUCCGUCUUAGCACGGCCCAACGUCAGGCUCUCGAAAAGGUUAUCCGCCCGUCUUCGGCACGGGAACAAAGCCAAACGGAACAAGAAACUUCCACCCGAAGGGCCAGCAGACCCAAUUCACCGCAAUAUUCAACUCUGCAACGCAGACGGCCCGGCAACAACCAAACCUCAAAACCCGAGGAGGAAGUCGUAGAAGAAACGCCCUCGACAACCGUUCGCUCGCGAGUGGCCAUCAACAUCAUCCGGACAACAACUGAAGAGCCGCAACCGACCGCUCAACCGCAAGGCACGAGUAGCAGCUCCACCACGUCCAGCAGCAUCUUCGACGAUCCGGCGGACGCGAAUCCAGCCGACAUCUUCGGACUCGACGAGGAAUUAACUUUUGAUUAUAUCGACACUGAAUCUCCUUUCGCUUUAUUCGAUGCCACAACGACGACCACUUCUUCUACGACAACGACAACAACAUCUACGACGACACCCUCGACAACACCAACAACCACCCGGAGAGUUGUUUCCCGACGCCGGCCGCUCAACUCCAGGGGACAAUCGACAACGACCCGGGCGCCAACAACAACCCGAGCCUCGCCCGUGACGGAGAGAACAACCAGGACAACAUCGACCACGCCCAUUCCGAGAGCUCCGAUCGUCAUCGCCAUUCCGGCGCCCAUCAGCCGGCCCUUAGGGGACGAUUUCGCCAAACGUCCCGUCGUCGCAUUGACCACCGAUUCAUCACGACCCGCCGGACUAUUGAACGUGACCCGACCGAGGGUCAAUCAGGACGAUAUCACGGGCGAUGCGGAAGUGUUCCAGCAAGGAGGAGUUCCGGUGGGCCAGAGCGUUAACGGCAACGUGGUGGAAAUUGACGAAGACGGGCGGGUGUUUUGCUUCGACGUGGGCAAUUUCGCCUACCCGGAAGAUUGCGCCAAAUUCGUCCACUGCGCCAGAGGCCCUGGGCGAGGCGAUUCCGAGCCCAUCAGCGGAUGGGUCCACACUUGUCCUCCGCGUCUCUCCUUCGAUCCGGUCGGAGCCAUUUGCAACUGGGGUUCGCCCGUUCGUUGUCGACAAAUUUAAAAAACAAAACAAUUUUUAAAAAACAAAAAAACAACAUUAACUCAUCUAUACUUUUUUUACUCUUGACUAUAUCAAAUAUCGUGUCUGCCACUGUCAUUUGUGUAAAUAGUGGGAACAAAGUAUUUCUUUUUCCUUCUUUA